CCACAAAGUUAUAUCGAAUCCAAGAUGGCGAUGAAUGUUGUGAUCCCAGUUUCGCGAGCACGUCGAUGAGCAAAUUUUGCUGCGAAAAAUUGAUAGCUGGCCAGCAUAUCGUGACACAGUCGUAUGCCAAGGUGCAUCCAGUUUUCGUCGGUGCGUGGAAAAGUUUGUGGAAGUCGUGACGAAUCGGUAGUUGUGUUCUUCUGCCGGAAGUGCAGCUAAAAGUUUUCUCCUUUGAGGUGAAAAAAGUUUCACCUUUCCUGAGCUGCGGUCGAGUUGUGUUUCAAGUGGGAGCAAAGAAGAAGAAUCUGUGUAUUUCUUUAGCUUGGCCGAUCGCCCUUGGUUUCACAAGGCCGAUCGCGGCCGUGGAAGUGUCGGGAAAUUCGUAUUAUUUUCUCGUGGUUUGCUUCUACCGGUUUGAAACCACGGUUCUGAAGUUCAGUUUGAGAUUCCGAUCGAAUUCUAUGUGAGAGGAAGAAAAAGAAGAAAUCUCGGUCUGGACGUAAAAGUUUCACCGAUUUUCGACUCGUUACGUGUGGUGUAUUGGUUUUCUAGUAGAAGAUUAACGCGUGAUUCUAUUAGUCGUGAGAUUUGAGAUCGAGUGCGACCACUUUUAAUUUUUAGAUAUUCGACCAACUCUGUUCAGAAACCGAUCUCAAUGAGUGUGAAUAAAAUAUGUUUAACAUCAACACUAGAGUACUAGACGUACAGUACGGAAGUUCCCAUAACAUUGUUUAAACAUUCGUCAUAACCCAACGAAAGAAAUCAACAAAAAAUUCUCGCCGCGAGAAGAAAGAAGAGUGACUCUAGCCCCUAAACCCUACUACUACGUAACGUUCAUAUUCUAGUAAAUAGUGAUUUUAUCGACGAAUAAUUUAUUUAUUACCCGCGAUAUCGUACCAUAAGAACUCUCAAAGAGUCUAUCUAACUAGUGAAGACCAAACAUCAUCAAUACCACCCGGCACAACGAAUUCGUGUGUGUUUUUGUGCUUCAACCCAGUGAGUUUGACGAAAGGACUGAAUAGUAUAGCCGCCGACUUCUAAAGCAUAAGUAUCCUUAUUAAGUGAUUAAAAAUUGAGCAGAGUAUAGGCAAAGUUCGUUACAAGAUACUAAAGAAGAGGAAGAAGAAAAAUUCCUCAGGCCAUCACCAUCACCGUCACCACCAUCGCCACCAUCCGGCAACGACGGCGGCGACGGCGACGUCUACUAGUACAACCACCAGCACGGACGGCAGCAGUGAUCCCCAGGAAUCACCGCAACCAUCAACUAGUAGCAACAAUACCAGCAGUAGUAGUAGCAACCGCAGCAUCGACACCGGUUCCAGGCGCAACAUGACCACCGAUACGCGACGUCGAGUCAAGCUGUACGCACUGAACGCAGAUCGGCAGUGGGACGAUCGGGGUACCGGACACGUUACCUCCAGCUAUGUUGAUCGCGUUAAAGGUGUAUCCUUGCUGGUCCACGCCGAAAACGAUGGCUCGAUGCUGCUGGAAAGUAAAAUCCACCCAGAUACAAUCUAUCACAAACAGCAGGACACCCUAAUCGUAUGGAGCGAGGGUGACAAUUUCGAUCUGGCGCUUAGCUUUCAGGAGAAGGCGGGCUGUGAUGAAAUAUGGGAGAAAAUUUGUCAGGUACAAGGCAAAGAUCCCUCCGUCGAAAUAACACAGGAUGUUGUGGAGGAAUCGGAGGACGAACGAUUCGAGGACAUGUCGGAUUCGGCACCACCCAUAGAGUUACCUCCGUGCGAGCUGUCCCGACUGGAAGAUAUUUCCGAGGCGAUUGCCAACGGCCUAACGUCACAGAUUCGAAAGGACAAACUAGCACAGACGAUCGAAAUUGAAAACUACAUCAAAAAGUUACUAAAUUUGUUUCACAUAUGUGAGGAUCUUGAAAAUCACGAAGGAUUACACUAUCUAUACGAAAUUUUCAAAAACAUUUUCCUGCUGAACAAAAAUGCCCUCUUCGAGAUCAUGUUCGCCGAGGACACGAUCUUCGAUGUGGUUGGAUGUUUGGAGUAUGACCCGACGGGCAACCCGCCGAAGCAGCAUCGGCAGUAUUUGAAACAGUUGGCUAAAUUUCGGGAAGCUAUACCGAUUCGUAACAGCGAUCUGCUGGCGAAGAUACAUCAAACGUAUCGGGUGCAGUACAUACAGGAUAUCGUGCUGCCGACCCCAUCUCUGUUUGAAGAUAACAUGUUGAAUACACUCUCCUCGUUCAUUUUUUUCAACAAGGUCGAAAUAGUCACUCUGAUCCAGGAGGACGAAAAGUUCUUGGAUGAUUUGUUCACCCUACUAACAGACCCCAACACAACCGACGCAAAGCGGCGGGACAUUAUUCUGUUUCUGAAGGAGUUUUGUAACUUUGCCCAGUAUUUGCAGCCGCAAAGUAAGGAAACUUUCUACAAAACGCUUAUCAGCUUGGGUAUUCUGCCGGCGCUGGAGAUUACGCUGGCUAUCAACGAUAAGAAAACGAAGGCUGCAUCGAUCGACAUUCUGACGACAAUCGUCGAGUACUCGCCAUCGAUUGUGCGCGAUUACACACUGCAGCAGUAUAACAACUCCGACACGGACGAGGAUCAAACCCUUAUCAAUAUAGCGAUCGAACAGAUGCUAUCCGAUUCGGAACCGGAGCUUGGGGGUGCAGUGCAGCUGAUGGGAGUCCUGAGGAUACUUCUCGAUCCGGAAAACAUGCUCAGCUCGGUGAACAAGUCGGAAAAGUCGGACUUUUUAAACUUUUUCUAUAAGCAUAGCAUACAAACUUUGACUGGUAAGAUUGAAGAAUAUCCGUUUCGUUUCCGUCAGCGUCGUGACCGGCAUAUUCUGGUUGUUUCCGCAGCUCCUCUCCUUCUAAACACCCUCACCGAUAAGCCAGCCAACGAAGACUACCACACGGUGCAACUUCUGGGUUUAGUACUGGAGCUGUUGUCGUUUUGCGUGGAACACCACACCUACCACAUCAAGAAUUGUAUCAUCAAUAAGGAUCUGCUGCGACGAAUAUUGGUACUAAUGAAGAGUACACACACGUUCCUGGUCCUGGGUGCUUUACGAUUUCUGCGGAAAAUCAUCGCACUGAAAGAUGAGUUCUAUAAUAGACACAUCGUGAAGGGCAAUUUGUUUGCACCGGUGGUGGAUGCCUUCAUCCGGAACAACGGUCGGUACAAUCUGCUCGAGUCGGCAAUCCUGGAGCUGUUUGAAUUCAUCAAGAUCGAGGACAUCAAAUCAUUGUACACGUAUUUUGUAGAGAGUUUUGGCAAAAUCUUCGAUGAUGUGCAGUACGUGCAGACGUUCAAGACGCUAAAGAACAAGUAUGACCAGCAGCAGGACCGACUGAAGGAGAAGGAAAAAGGUGGUUUAGACAGCGUGCCCUCAAUUUUACGGAACAGCAGCCGGUACCGGCGAGAUCAGAGACAGGUUGACGAGGAAGAGGAAAUAUGGUUUAACGAAGAGGAAGACUUUUCCGACAACAAAGCCGGUUCACCCGAACUGGAUACUAGCUUAGGUAAAAUCUUCGACAAGAAGUCUCCCGAAUCGUCUCCGACAGCCACCUCCGUAAAUGGUCCCAAAUUCAGUAGUAACAGUACUAGUAAUUCGGCGACAUCGCAGCAGUCUCCACUGGCCCAGCUCCAAACGAGUCCACCAUUGAACAACAACAACAGUACCGACAUCAACAGUAACAGCAGUAGCACGGAAUCGUCGGAGGAAGCUGCUUCCACUAUUCCCCAGCAUCCGUUGGCAGUAGCAGCGGCAGCGGCAGCAGCUGUAGCCGCAGUUGCGGCGGCUUCCGUCAAUUCAGCUUCCUCCUCUGCCACCUCCUCUAGCAGCAGUACAGCUUCCACAAAGGGUGAUUCGGUAACGGAAGAUGCUCCACUAGUUGAUUCGGACAGUUUGCUGUAUACGAGCGGUGAACUUCUUUCGGACAACUCACACGAAGCACCUGUCGCAACAACGACAACCAUCACGGACCCGAUCGAAGGGGAGGACAGUUGCAGUCCAACCAAGUCGUUUGAGACCGAUUCACUACAAAGCACAGCCAGCGAUGGUAGCAGCAGUGUGGACGAUUGUACUAGUUCAUCUAGCGAAGCCAUUGAAUCUCUCGUGUCCACCGAAAUAGAGCCAAUGAAACGAUUAGUUGAGGAUAGCAGUGCCAACGUCGUGCCGUCGGAACAGUUAGAGGAUGUGCGACAAAAUCGUAGUGACGAUGCUGGUAGCAGUGAUGUACUGGAGAAUAGUUCUUCGGUUAGCAGCAACAGUAGCAGCAGCAACAGCAGCAGUAAUGGUGAUAUUGAAGCUUCAGCAACGUCGUUGGUGUCCUCCGCGACGAUACCGAAUGCCGUCGAUGCGGCGCCGGAUGUUACCGAACCAGACACAGAUGGAGCGGUGGAUGUCUCUGCACCGGCGGCUGCUGCUGUCGUGAAUACCCUCAAGAAGGCACUUGUGGACUACGAAGGCGAUUCGGAUGAUGAGGACGAUGACGACAGUGACAGUCCCGUACAUAAAAAGGCGAGAAUAGCAUAGCAUCAUAAUCGUUACCGACUACAUUGUCAACGUCGGGAACACCUAAACCAUAAUCAUAACCAUAGCCAUCAGCAGCAGCAACAGCAUGUCGUCGACUUUGCUCGCGAAGCUACCCCUGACAACGCCGGUGAAGACGUUCCGCUCGAUGCUGCUACACAUUCACAUCCUUAACGACCGCAACAUCAACGGCUGAAACAAAAAAAAUUAUACAUAAAUCUUAUAAAUACAUGUGUAUCUAGAAAUAACAUUCGGUAAUUUAACGGAAAAACCGGGGAAGAAGAAAAUAGUCUAAAACUGGCAAAAAGAUAUCCAAAAAAGGUAAUUUGGCAUAGAGAAGUACACCCGUUUCCUUCUUUGUUUAGGAAACAGCAGAAUAAGUUUGUUCAGAAAAGCGAGAGAGAGAAAAAAAAACAAACAACUUUUAAUUAUUAUGCUGGAUAAUAAUUAAUGAUAUAGUUUAACUUGAGAACAAAUAAGAUAAAGAAAAAAAACGGAUAAACUGAGUACGAGUAAGUCUAAUUCAUAUUACUAGAAUUGAAAAUCAAAUACAACAACAUACAACUGCGGAAAACUACACUACUAUUACUAUUGCUGUGAAGUGAAACUCGCUGCAGAACUAAAUGGCCGGCCGAACGGAAAAAGGUAGAAAAUAUAUACAAAUCAAACACCUUUCGGUUGCAGAAGACACUAACAGUUUUAGUCACAAGGAGAUGUAAAAAAAACUUGUAUGAGCAAAAUUAUCCGAAAUAAGAACACGAUUUUUCCAAACGAUCAGAAGCUUUUCGAAACACGUUAUUCGGCGAUAAGAAACAUUAUUGAAGCUGCUAGAACUUGAGAAGUGCGCUGGUAUUUCGUGUAUUUUGUGACACUCUCAUCACAAAGUAAAAUAAACAAAAAGUCUACUCACUCCAGGAAUGCAAAAUAUUCGGCGUAUUAGUCGGACGACUAUUGAAAAUAUUAAAACAAAAUAACAAAAAAAACUAAAAUGGUACUGGAGUUAAAACAUGUUGAAAUUUAAAAGAACAAGAAAACAGAAAAAAAAACAAACAAACUGGAAUCUAGAAUAUAAGGCAGACACAACUGUGAGAGUGUGAGUUAGCUGGAAGAUCAUUUCCUGGUUUCCUCGAACUGUGAACGACGAACUCCCUCAGCUUUAGAAUCGAAUUCGGCAUAUUUGUUCUCUUUGUAUGUAACCAAAAAAGUAUCACGCAAACCUAGCACUUCCCAAGCGGAAAGGCUUUUUACUUAGCUGGGCUUCGAAGUUUUUUUUUAAACUUUUUUUCCUAAAUAACUCGAGAGACGGGAAAAUGGAUGCGCUAGUUUUCAUUUACCUUUCUCUCCAUGGUUCUCAAAAAAAAAAACAUCUAAUUUUCUUUGCAUGAACAGCUUUCGAAUAGUAUAUUUCCAAGAAGUAUGCUCUCCCAGACCUGUUCGCAUGCGCUGUAGUCGAAAUGUUUCGAUAUCUUUCGCUUGUAAAUAGUAGUUACUCAACUGUAAUUAGUACUAAGUCAAAUUCUCGUAGGAAAUAUAAAAAAUAUACGAAUAAUCUAGCGCGUAAGUAGAGCUGUAAAUGUUUAAAGGAACAAAGAAAAAAAAGAUUAGACAACCAAUCAAUUCCCGCAAGUUCGGAUGAACUUUCACUCCCUACCGAAAGACCGGUAUAAGCAAACAGCCUUUCCGCUUAUGUUAAAGUAUCAAAAAGCGUUAAUUUUGCUUACAGGCGCCUCCACAGUACCGCAUUUUUGAGCGCUGACAUCGUCGCUCGCGAGUGAAGUAACUAUAGAGAACAACCAACUGUUAGUUGAGAGGGAUUCCGUUUAAUGAAAUGAAUAAAAGGAAUUAGAAAAAAAUACAACUUUUUACAAGAGCUAAAAUGAGAUGGAAAAGUGAAUGAGAAAAAUAAUACACAAAAAAAUAUUUAAAACAA